GAUGCUACAUUCAUUGAGGUAUUAUCAGCCAACAUCAGCAGUAACCAGAAACAAAACCAAUUAAGAUACAUACGAGUGGGUGUAUAUGCAAUAGCAAAGUAAAAAAUGGUAAAGAAGGAUACAACAGAAGGAAGUAGAAAGAGUGCUAGAAUAUUAGCAAUGGAGGAGAAAGCUCGCCUGCGAGCUAUCCAAAAACAGACGAAAGCUAGUUCAUCAUCACCUCCAGCUGCUAAAAAGAGAGGCCGCAAGCGAAAAAGUCUCCAAGCAGUCGUUACUAACUCUGUUUCUGCCUCUCCUCAACAGGAAGGAGAAGAACCAAAACCUGAAGAUUAUGCAACAAAAGCUGAACAAACGGAAAAUUCGCCAUCUCUGCAACGGAUACCGAAGAAACAGACACUGGAGUUUGUCCUUGACAUACUGCAGAGGAGAGACACACAAGAAAUUUUUGCACAGCCAGUUGAUCCUCAAGAGGUGGUUGGCUAUUACAGUAUUAUUAAAGAGCCAAUGGAUUUUGGCACAAUGAGGGCUAAACUUCAAGAAGGAAUGUAUACAAGCUUACAACAGUUUGAGCGUGAUGUAUUUCUGAUAUCCAGCAAUGCAAUGAAGUUCAAUUCUUCAACAACAGUGUAUUAUACAGAGGCUAGAGCUAUAAGUGAAUUGGCUCAAAGGCUUUUCCAUGCUUUGAGAACUGAACCUGAAAACUUUCAAUUGGAGUACUCGCGGACAAGAAGACGCCCUGGUAGAAAGCCACAAAGUGAAGCUGGAGGUUUGCGCUCUAGGACCGCUAAAACUGCGACUUACAAAGAUGGUAUUUCCCUUAAUGAACCAUCUCUCAAGAGAACUGCCAAUCCUUUACCCCAAUACAAGCCUUACAUUGGCCAAACGAGUUACGGAAUUGUUCCUGGUAUGUGAUAAAG